AUGUUCAUUAAAGACUCCGUUCCUGAAAAACAGGGGGGCUUCAUCCUCGGUCGAAUGGUGAGAAUGCAGUCGGGGCUCUUGCAGCAAGGAUCGAUGGAAGCUCGUGAGCAGCUCCGACACCAGAGAAACUACGCAGUCUGUGAGUGUCGGGGCGCAGAGGGACCCGGAGAGCGAGGCGAGCGCGGAGCGCCCUCGGGAUGGAGUCGUAAGCCGGGCGUCGGAAGACGGACUCGGCUCUUGCGGUCGGGGGCGCGCAGGUGGGCUGUGCGGCGUCGCGCUUCCUUCGCAGCCCCGAUAGCGCGCUCCUCGUGGAGGCACGGGGUUGACGAAUCGGGAAGCACGGCGAGCACAGUCGUGGGAGUUCAGGGUCCGGGUGCCAGAUCGCUGCGUCUUCUCCGGUGGCCUCUCGGGGGCCCUGUAUCCCUGAGCCGUCUCUGUGAUUUGCAGGUUGCGGUGCAGUCGACGACGUCGAGGAAGGCCACCAGCCCUGCCCUCGCGGAACUCGUUGAAGAGCCGCGAGGCACGGGACCGAGCAGGGAGCGACCGGCGGCCGCCCUGAAGGAGAGCCCAAGUACGGUAACGGGCGUCCCGCCACAUCAGCGUCGCAGCGCCUCCGGUUGGACGAGGCUGUCAAAAGACUGUUUGCUGUUCUCUUAUUGUUUCUGCUCGAGGGGAGCGAGUCCUAUGCCUCUAGGACGGGAAAUACCCCAGACCCAGCCUGCGGUUUGGAAGCGGCUCGCUGCUGCUGCUCUGCCGGUUCUAGUGCCCCUCAGUCUCUCGAAAUGGCCUGUAGCACAUAAAGCCAUAACAGUUGCGCUGCCAGAGGGUGAAGCUGCCAUUUAAAAGGAACUUGAUGCUAAGCUGGGGGA